UUUCCAGGUGAACAGAUUUGUUUAAAGGCAAAAAAUAAAUAGAAAUCAUGGCAUCACGUGGUAUUGUACGGGCAAGUAAAUUUCGUCAUGUAUUUGGUCAGGCAUUAAAACGAGAAAAUUGUUAUGAUAAUAUACGUAUAUCGAAAAAUUCAUGGGAUGGUAAUUUUUGUGCUGUAAAUCCAAAAUUUGUUGCCAUUGUUAUUGAAGCGGCUGGUGGUGGUGCAUUUUUAGUUUUACCAUUGAAACAGCCUGGACGUGUUGAUAUUAAUCAUCCAUUAGUUGCCGGCCAUAAAGGUCCUGUAUUGGAUAUUGCUUGGUGUCCAUUUAAUGAUAAUAUUAUUGCCAGUUCAUCGGAAGAUACAACAGUUAAAGUAUGGCAAAUUCCUGAUCAUGGUUUAACACGUACAUUAACUGAACCUAUUGUUGAUCUUGUUGGUCAUCAACGUCGUGUUGGUUUUCUUGCCUGGCAUCCAUCUGCUAAUAAUGUUCUAUUAUCAGCCGGUGCUGAUUGUAAAAUUAUUAUCUGGAAUGUUGGUACUGGUGAAAUAUUAUCAGCUAUUUCAUUACCUGAUUUAAUUUUUCAUGUAUCAUGGUGUUGGAAUGGUUCACGUAUUGUAACAACAACAAAAGAUAAAAAAAUACGAAUAUAUGAUCCACGUACUGGCGAUUUGGAACAG